UAGUAAUUGCCAAUGUCUUCUGGUGCAGUACAAUAAGUUCCCUAAGGACCCAACUGACAAGCACGAGUACCAAUUAAUACUGUCAACCACGUCCCGGCGCGCCAGGUGGCCGCGCUCGGAUAGGGAGCAGCGACCGGGGUCCAUCCCCCCGUUAGGCGAGCCCCUUUGCAUCGCGCCGCCCAGGAGAGCUGUUGCCAACGUCCUAAAUUUCCUGAGCGACACUUCAACAACAUCAACAUCGACUCUUUCUCCGUCUCGCGAAAGUCGCUCAAUCCUCCAUCUCACUUCAAUCCACCGCCCCUUCGCGGUAUCAACCUUUUCGAGAGCACACAGUGCACGCUGGUUAUAGCCCAAGAUGUCUUCCAUGCUCAAGACUCGCAGAAAGAAGAAUGUCAAGAAGGGAAUCCAGUUCUGCCUGAUGGUGUGCGGUGCCUCAGGAACAGGACGAACGACCUUUGUAAACACCCUCUGUGGCCAACAGGUCCUUGAGCACAAGGAAUCCGAUGAUCCUACCGUUGCACACCUCGAGGAGGGCGUCAAAAUCCAGCCCAUCACAGUCGAACUCGAUGAGGAGGGCACCCGUAUCUCUCUCACCAUCGUCGAUACCCCCGGUUUCGGUGACCAGAUUGAUAACGAGGCCAGUUUCUCAGAAAUUGUUGGCUAUCUUGAGAGGCAAUACGAUGAUAUUCUUGCCGAGGAGUCUCGUAUCAAGCGUAACCCCCGGUUCAGGGACAACCGCGUUCACGUCCUCCUAUACUUCAUCACACCUACCGGCCAUGGUCUUCGCGAGCUCGAUAUUGAACUCAUGAAGCGUCUUUCCCCCCGUGUCAACGUUAUCCCCGUCAUUGGCAAGGCUGAUGCAUUGACUCCUGCUGAGCUUGCUGAGUCGAAGAAGCUUGUUAUGGAAGAUAUCGAGCACUACCGCAUCCCUGUAUACAACUUCCCAUACGAUAUCGAGGAGGAUGACGAGGACACCGUCGAGGAGAACGCCGAGCUCCGUGGCCUCAUGCCAUUCGCCAUUGUCGGAUCAGAGGACGUUGUUGAGGUCAACGGCCGACGGGUGCGUGCUCGACAGUACCCAUGGGGAAUCGUCGAGGUUGACAACCCUCGUCACUCGGACUUCCUCGCUGUACGCAGCGCUUUGCUCCACAGCCAUCUUGCCGAUCUCAAGGAAAUCACCCACGACUUCCUCUACGAAAACUACCGUACUGAGAAACUCAGCAAGAGUGUUGAGGGUGGUGCUGCAGCUGAUUCGUCAAUGAACCCCGAGGAUCUGGCCAGCCAGUCUGUCCGCCUCAAGGAGGAGCAAUUGAGACGCGAGGAGGAGAAGCUUCGCGAGAUCGAAGUCAAGGUCCAGCGCGAGAUCAACGAGAAGCGACAGGAGCUCCUUGCACGUGAAAGCCAGCUCAAGGAAAUCGAGGCCCGGAUGCACAGGGAACAGAGUGGUCAUUUGCAGGAGCAACACGACAACGACGAGUCGACGGCUUGAGCGCAUCGCUACAUCAUGGAAGGCCGGAAAGCAUGAUUCGCCACCUGUUUUUGUUUUGGAUGGCGCGCUUGCUUCGAAAAAAACUCGAAGAUCCAAUGAGCAAGACCUUGUGUUGCAGCGGGCGUUUGUUUAGGGAAGCAGGGGACUGGGCACACCCAUUUAUUCUAUAACAUGUCGGUGCCUUCGUUCCCAACGGAAAGAUAUGCAAUGCACACCUCGAACAGGGUGGGUAGAGGCCGAGGGGUAGCGGAGAAAGACUCUCUUUCUAGCCUUUAGCCUGGACCGCAACUUUUCCACUGACGUUGGUCUUGACAAGGCCGUUUCAUAUGUUUUCUUACCAUUCGAUAUCUAUUCCCCCUUUUGAAUUCCAUGUAGGAAUAUAGUAAUCAACUUGACCGACUAAUAAUACCCCGGUGGUCAAUGUUCAUAUU